UUUGAGAUGGAGGAUUCUCGGACCAAAAAGUUGGAUUGGUUCACCAUCGUGUGCCUUUCGUUUGGUGGGAGGGAUUUUUGGGCUUCGCUUUCCCUCCACCAAACCACAGCAAGAGAAUCAAAAUGGCAUGCAAACUCUCAUCGCUACCUCGCUCAUUUCCCUCCUCUCUCCACCAAAACCCUAAUCUCAUACCAACUUCAAACCAUUGCCUUCCUCUUCGUUUAUUUGCACCUUCUCUUCCUCCGAAUUCAUGCCUCUCAGCCUCUGUCUCCGCAUUUCGCCGCGCUGGCUUCGUAACCGCUUGCGCAUUUCGAAGUCAAGAACACACCGGCGAAGGCGAAAGCCAAAUCAGUGACGUUUCUGAAGAAGAAAAGGAGGAUGAAAUAGUGAGGCAGGGUGAGAAAAAGGAACUAGCAAACCAAGGUAUAUGGAGUCAGGUAAAAGAAAUAGUAAUGUUUACAGGGCCAGCUACCGGACUUUGGAUUUGUGGACCGCUAAUGAGUCUCAUCGACACUGCAAUUAUUGGUCAGAGAAGUUCACUUGAGCUUGCUGCAUUAGGUCCUGCUACUGUUGUUUGUGAUUACAUGAGCUACGUGUUCAUGUUUCUAUCAAUUGCUACUUCAAAUAUGGUUGCUACUGCCCUCGCUAAACAGGACAGAGAAGAAGUACAGCAUCACAUAUCUGUUUUGCUUUUUAUUGGGUUAGCAUGUGGCUUUGGGAUGCUGUUGUUCACAAGGCUAUUUGGCGCUGCAAUACUAACUGCUUUUGUGGGGCCAAAGAAUGUACAUGUAGUACCUGCAGCUACCUCUUAUGUUCAGAUUCGAGGCUUGGCAUGGCCUGCUUUACUUGUUGGAUGGGUUGCCCAGAGUGCAAGUCUUGGAAUGAAAGAUUCUUGGGGACCCUUGAAGGCUUUGGCUGCUGCUAGUGUCAUAAAUUGUGUUGGUUGUAUACUUUUGUGCACCUAUUUAGACUAUGGAAUUGCAGGGGCUGCAUUUGCUACAUUGACUGCACAAGUCUUUUCUGCUUACAUGAUGAUUCAAACUCUAAACAUGAAGGGAUACAAUGCAUUUGCCUUCACCAUUCCUUCAGGGAAGGAACUUCUGACAAUAAUGGGGCUUGCUGCUCCUGUAUUUCUGACAUUGAUGACGAAGGUGGGUUUCUACGCACUACUUAUAUAUUUUGCAACAGCAAUGGGUACACAUACAAUGGCUGCUCAUCAAGUCAUGGUCCAAACCUAUUGCAUGUGUACAGUAUGGGGUGAACCUCUUUCCCAAACUGCACAGUCAUUUAUGCCUGGAUUGAUAUAUGGAGCAAAUCGUAGUUUGUCAAAGGCCCGAUUACUUCUAAGGUCUCUUGUGAUAAUCGGAGCUAUACUUGGAUUAUUGUUAGGGAUUGUUGGAACAUCAGUUCCUUGGUUAUUUCCCUACAUUUUUACACCUGAUCGAAUGGUCAUCCAGGAGAUGCAUAGGGUGCUGAUUCCGUACUUUAUUGCGCUGGCUGUAACACCCCCUACUCACAGCCUUGAGGGAACAUUGCUGGCUGGACGGGAUCUGAGAUUUGCAAGUUUGUCAAUGAGUGGAUGUUUUUGUGUGGGUUCACUAGUAUUAUGGAUCUUGAGUAGCAGAUACGGUUUGCUAGGCGGUUGGUUUUCCCUGGCAAUAUUUCAAUGGGCUCGGUUUUCGAUGGCCCUUCAGCGCCUUCUUUCUCCCAAGGGCGUUUUACACACGGCUGAUCAGUACAAAGUGCAAAAGUUGAGGACUGCCUAGUUUAUGAUCUCGGCUUUAUACUGAAGGAUUAGUUAAACUCAGUCUUAUAAAGUUGAGCUUUAAAUAUUUUAAAGUAAAAAAAAUUAUUAGAAAAAAUACUUAUUAUAUUAAAGUUAUAAAAGUGUAAUAAAUAUUUUUUUAAUAACUUUUUACCAUUAUUAGUUACUUAAAUUCAAUUUUAAAGAUUGAGGUUAACAUUUUU